AUGAACGCCCACCAACGCCUAGAGGCCGCCACCGACCUCGCAGGCCUCUCUCCGAUCUCAGACGACAUCAUCGUUGCCUGUCUUCGUGAGAGAUUCAUGACAGACACCAUCUACACCAACAUCGGCUCCUCUGGCGUCGUCGCCCUCAACCCCCACAAAUAUGUCGCCUCAAAUUCGGAUUCCAUGCUGUACAAGUACGCUACAGAGUACCGGGAUUCGUCAGAACACAAGGAGAAACUCCCCCCACACGUUUUUCAGAUCGCCAACAACGCUUACUACCACAUGAGACGGACAACGCAGGACCAGUGCAUUUUGUUCAGCGGUGAAACAGGGAGCGGAAAGUCGGAGAACAGGCGCCUCGCCAUCAAGUCCUUGUUGGAGCUCAGCGUUAGCAACCCAGGCAAAAAGGGCUCUAAGCUCGCUACCCAGCUUCCUGCUGCAGAGUUCGUGCUUGAGACGUUCGGAAACGCUCGCACCCUCUUCAAUCCCAACGCAUCUCGAUUCGGAAAGUACACUGAGUUGCAAUUCUCAGACCGAGGACGGCUCAGCGGUGUGAAGACACUCGAUUAUUACCUUGAGCGGAACCGUGUGGCUGCCGUGCCUUCGGGCGAGCGCAAUUUCCACAUUUUCUACUACCUCGUCGCAGGAGCAUCACCAGAAGAAAGACAGCACCUUCACCUCCUCGACAAAUCCACCUACCGUUACCUUGGUCAACGUGGGACAGGGGUUGCGAGACCUGGGCGUGACGAAGAUGCGCAGCGCUUUGAUCAGCUCAAAAUAGCCCUGAAAACUAUCGGGUUUUCUAAACGACAUGUUGCGCAGACGUGCCAGCUCAUUGCUGCCAUCCUCCACCUUGGCAACCUCGAGUUCACCGUUGACCGUCAUCGCAAUGAGGAUGCGGCGGUUGUGCGGAAUACGGACAUCCUUGAGAUUGUGGCCGACUUUUUGGGCAUCCAGCCUGCUGCGUUGGAGGCUGCGUUGUCGUACAAGACCAAGCUUGUCAAGAAGGAGCUUUGCACGGUCUUCCUCGAUCCAGAUGGUGCCUCUGAUAACAGAGACGACCUCGCCAAAACUCUGUACUCGCUCCUGUUCGCAUGGUUAAACGAACACAUCAAUCAGCGUCUGUGCAAGGACGACUUCACUUCCUUUAUCGGCCUUUUCGACCUCCCUGGCCCACAGAACAUGUCCAGUCGACCCAACUCCCUCGACCAAUUCUGCAUAAACUUUGCCAACGAGCGCCUCCAAAACUGGGUCCAGAAGCGUCUGUUUGAGAGCCACGUCAAUGAGUACAACCUCGAAGGCAUCGCGCGGCUCGUUCCCCAAGUACCAUAUUUCGACAACUCAGAAUGCAUUCGCGUCCUGCAGAACUCUCCUGGAGGGUUGGUACAUAUCAUGGAUGACCAAGCGAGGAGGCAGCCGAAGAAGACGGAUCAUACGAUGGUGGAAGCUUUCCAAAAACGAUGGGGAAAUCACUCGUCUUUCAAGACCGGCGCAGUAGAGCGGUCAGGGUUCCCCUCGUUUACGGUCAACCACUUCAACGGCCCUGUUACCUACUCGUCUGAAGGUUUCCUUGAUCGCAAUUUGGACGCCGUUAAUCCAGAUUAUGUCUCUUUACUCCGUGGAGCUACGGAUGGGCUGGAGGGCACGGGGUCGAUCAACCCUUUCGUCAAGGGCCUGUUCUCAACCAAGGCUAUUGCAACGCAGGCGCAUCCAAGGAAUGAAGACACCAUUGUUGCAGCGCAGCAGGCCGUCAAGCCCAUGCGUGCCCCGUCGACUAGGAGGAAGAACACCAUCAAGCGGAUGCCAACGGUGAAAGAGGGGUUGGGGCCUGAUAUCGAAGAGAGGGACGAGGACGAGGGGGGACCAUCAGGCGGUCCUUUGACAAGCUCCAGCCCGUGUGUUGCAGGCGAGUUUAAAGCUGCUUUGGACACGCUGUUCGAGACUUUGGAUGAGACGCAGCCCUGGUAUAUUUUCUGCGUCAACCCGAAUGACUCGCAGCUACCGAAUCAGUUGGAGGGAAGGAGUGUGAAGGGGCAGGUUAAGAGCACGGGUUUGGUGGAGAUUGCGAAGAGGUGCACGAGCAUGUUUGAGGUCAAUAUGACGCCUGAGGAGUUCUGCGAACGGUAUUCGGAGGGCUUGGAGGGUGGAGGCAUUUCGGAGGGAGAUGCUCGUGAGAUGGUUGAUCAGGCUAGGACAACAUUUGGGCUGGGUGAUCGAGAUUUGGUGUUGGGUCAACAUAAGGUGUUCCUCUCCCAAGUCGCUUUCCACAAAUUCGAGGAUCAGCUCAGGUCUCACGACGUCGAAGAACAAAAGCGAAAUCGUAUUCGCGACCAAGAAGCUGAGGCCGGCUUGGAUCCCCGUGGUUUGCACGACCCGUAUGCUCCUUAUCGGAUACCAAACGACGACCUUGAACCUUCACCAUGGGGCAAUGGUUAUCAAGAAGCUUUUAACAACUCCAACCAAGCCCUCCCCCUCGUCUCCAACGCGUCUCCGUUCCAGAGAUCCGACUUCCCGGCGAACGAGAUGUACGACGAUUACGAGGAGAACAAGUCUGUUCGGAGCGAGGACUUUGAUGGUCGAAGCAGGUUCACGAGUAACCGCGAUGAAUCUGUGUCAAACUUUGGGUCAGAGUCUUAUGCCCCCUCUAGGAACAUGUUCCAGAAUACUGACAAGAGGGGGCUCAUGGAGAAGGAGGCGCUUGCGGGCGAGAUUCAAGAGGGAGAGACGUCAGAGGUGUUGAAGGAGAGUUCGGCUCGUCGACGAUGGGUCGCGUUGUGCUGGAUGUUGACGUUCUGGGUCCCAACUCCUCUGCUCACCUAUGUUGGGCGUAUGAAGCGUAUGGAUGUGCGGCAGGCUUGGAGAGAGAAGCUUGCUCUCAAUCUCCUUAUCUGGUUCAUCUGCGCCUGUGCCGUCUUCGUCAUUGCCGUCUUGGGAGUGGUCAUCUGCCCUACUGAACAUGUCUUCAGCACGUCCGAACUUGCUUCGCACUCUUCCAUUCUCAACCCAAACAACGUCUAUACCUCCGUUCGUGGAGAGGUCUUCGACUUAACUACUGUUGCCGCUACACAUCAACGAGUGGUUGGUGUUGUUCCUACCAAGGCUAUCUUGAAGUACGGUGGACAAUCCGCGGACAAUAUCUUCCCAGUUCAGGUCAGCGCUUUGUGCGAUGGUACAUCAGGUUCUGUCAGCCCAUACGUCACCCUGGAUUCCUCGAAUAACACAGAUCCCAACUCCGUGUACCACGAUUUCCGCGCCUUUACCAACGAUUCCCGGCCUGACUGGUACUUCGAGAGCAUGGUCGUGAUGCGAUACACGGCUCGUGUUGGGUUCCUUGGGUACACUCCCAAGGAAAUCAGGAACAUGGCCAGUGCUGGGAGAUCAGCUGCCAUCUACAACGGUCUGGUUUACGAUGUCACGAACUACCUCACGAGUCCCCCCGCUGUUCGAUCACCAGCUGGAACACAGGCUCCCGCCACGGACACCAAUUUCAUGUCUGGGGACGUUUUGAAUCUUUUCCAGGUUCACGCGGGCACGGAUAUCACGAAGCGAUUGAAUUCGUUGAACAUCGACAGUGACGUCCUUGCGAGGCAGAAAGUCUGCUUGCGCAAUCUGUUCACUAUCGGAAAAGUGGACAAUCGCCAAUCCCCGCAGUGCCUGUUCGCGACCUACAUUCUCCUGGUACUUUCCAUCAUCAUGGUGUCGAUCAUUGGCUUCAAGUUCCUCGCCUCCAUCAACUUUGGUUCUGCACGCGCUCCGGAGGACCAUGACAAAUUCGUCAUCUGUCAGGUGCCGUGUUACACCGAAGGUGAUACUUCCCUGCGCAAAACCAUUGACUCCCUCGCUCAGAUGAAGUAUGACGACAAACGCAAGUUGCUCCUCGUCAUUUGCGAUGGAAUGAUUGUUGGUUCCGGUAACGAUCGUCCAACUCCGCGCAUUGUCCUCGACAUUCUGGGGGCUGAUCCGAAUUUGGAUCCUGAGCCUCUCAGUUUCAUGUCCCUCGGUGAAGGAGCCAAGCAGCACAACAUGGGCAAGGUCUACUCCGGCUUGUAUGAGUGUGCAGGUCACGUCGUGCCAUACUUGGUCGUUGCGAAGGUUGGCAAGCCGACUGAGCGCAGCCGUCCUGGCAAUCGUGGUAAACGAGACUCUCAGAUGCUUCUUAUGCAUUUCUUGAACAAGGUCCAUUUCAACUCCCCAAUGAAUCCGCUCGAGCUCGAAAUGUACCACCAGAUCAAGAACGUUAUCGGCGUCAACCCGUCUUUCUAUGAGUACUUGUUCAUGGUGGACGCUGAUACGACUGUGGACCCGCUCUCUGUCAAUCGCCUCAUCUCUGCGAUGAUUCAUGACAAGAAGCUGCUCGGUGUUUGUGGCGAAACUGAACUGGCCAACGCGAAGCAAUCUCUCAUUACGAUGAUGCAGGUGUACGAGUAUUUUAUCUCCCAUCACAUGGCAAAGGCGUUCGAGAGCCUUUUUGGAUCCGUCACCUGUUUGCCGGGUUGCUUCACCCUUUACCGCAUCAGAACACCUGAUACCCAUAAGCCGUUACUCAUCUCCAACCAACUUAUCCACGACUACUCGGAGAAUCGUGUCGACACACUGCAUAUGAAGAACCUCCUGCACCUUGGCGAAGAUCGAUACCUUACCACGUUGCUCCUCAAGCACUUCCCGCUCUUCAGAACCCAGUUCAUCCGCGACGCUCAUGCGUACACCGUGGCUCCUGAUGACUGGAAGGUUUUGCUGUCUCAACGUCGCCGCUGGAUCAACUCGACAGUCCACAAUCUCGGGGAGCUCAUCUUUUUGGAGCAGCUUUGCGGUUUCUGUUGUUUCUCGAUGCGUUUCAUUGUAAUGAUUGAUUUGGUUUCGACGCUCACACAGCCCGUCACUGUUGCAUAUAUCGUGUAUUUGAUCUACCUGGUGGCCGGUGAAGGCAAAUCCAUCCCCACGUUAUCGCUUAUCAUGAUCGCCGCGAUUUACGGUAUUCAAGCCCUGGUUUUCAUCAUGCGACGGAAGUGGGACAUGAUCGGAUGGAUGUUGUUCUACGUCCUUGCCAUUCCCGCCUUCUCCUUCUUCUUGCCUCUAUACUCGUUCUGGAAGAUGGACGAUUUCUCUUGGGGUCAAACACGUGUCGUCCUUGGUGAAUCUGGCAAGAAGAUGAUCGUUCAUGACGAAGGGAAGUUCGAUCCUCGGUCUAUUCCUCUCAAGUCAUGGAAUGACUACGAGAACGAGCUCUGGGACAAGGAAUCGAAUCACAGCAUCGGAUCCUGGGUCCCUCAAACCAAAGCAAAAGAAGCUUACGCAGAUUCUCGCACUGCUUCGUUAUACGGCCGAGAAACCUACUACGAGCCUCAAGGACGCAGCUUCUCACCAGCCCCAUCUCAGCUCGGCAUGUACCCACCUCCAGGAUACCAAUCAGGUCGCAAUACCCCACAGUCCCAGUUCCGACCAAUGAGCGACGUAGGGCACUUCCACCAGCCUGCCCCGUCACGCCCUGCCACCAACUACCUAGAUAUGCCAAUACCCACGACGCACAGCCCAGAUACCUUCGAUCUGUUACCCAACCUGGGUGGUGGUGGUGCGCCUGCUGCCGGUGGCGCACCAAGUGACUUCGAGCUCGAGCGGUCCGUCCAAGAAAUCAUGCGAUCUGCAGACCUCAACUCCGUGACGAAGCGCGAGAUUCGGCGCCAGCUCGAGGAACAGUUCGACAUGGAUCUGACUUCUCGCAAGGCGACUAUCAACGCCGCGAUCGAUAGAAUUCUGCUCAGUCAGGCAUGA